CCAAAUAGAAAGUUGCAAACCUUUUCCAAAACAGAUCAUUUUAUUAGUAACAAAUUGAAAAACAAUUCAACUUUGCACUAUUAGAUCCCAUGGACAAUUUACCUAAAUGUGGAGCUAAUUAUGUUCCUCUUACUCCUCUCACCUUCUUAACAAGAGCCUCCAAUUCUUAUGCCAACCGCACCUCUAUUAUUUAUUCCAAUAUACGCUUCAAUUGGCGGGAAACCCAUGAACGUUGUUGUCGCCUUGCUUCCUCCCUCCGCUCCUUAAACAUUGUCAAGAACGACGUGGUCUCGGUCCUUGCACCAAAUGUACCGGCCAUGUUAGAAAUGCAUUUUGCUGUGCCAUUGGCAGGGGCUGUGCUCAACGCCAUCAAUACAAGGCUGGACGCUAGAAAUGUUGCCCUUAUUCUCAAGCACUCAGAAGCCAAGAUCUUUUUUAUCGACUAUGAAUACAUUGACAAAGCUAAAAAGGCCAUUGAAAUACUAAUGUCCGACUUUCAAAUGCCAAUGCCUCUUGUCGUUGUCAUUGAUGACCUCGAUUCCCCUACUGGAAUCCGGUUUGGGGAGCUCGAAUACGAGCAAUUGGUGUUCCAAGGCAACCCUGAAUAUGUCCUUGAGAAUAUUGAUGAUGAAUGGGAUCCAAUUACUUUGAGCUAUACAUCAGGUACAACUUCAGAGCCAAAGGGAGUUGUGUACAGCCACAGAGGUGCUUUUUUGAGCACUUUGAGUUUGAUUUUGGGAUGGGAGAUGGGUACUGAGCCUGUUUACUUAUGGUCCCUCCCAAUGUUUCACUGCAAUGGUUGGACUUUCACCUGGGGAAUAGCUGCAAGGGGUGGGACCAAUGUUUGUAUCCGCAAUACGACAGCCCAAGAAAUCUACUCCAACAUAGCGUUACAUAAAGUAACGCAUAUGUGUGCUGCACCAAUUGUUCUCAACAUAAUCCUUGAGGCCAAGCCACACGAGCAGCGUCAAAUAAUAACCCCAGUACAAGUUUUGGUGGGGGGUGCACCACCACCAGCACCACUGCUUGAAAAAAUCGAGAGGGUGGGAUUCCACGUGGUUCAUGCCUAUGGGCUCACCGAGGCUACUGGACCAGCCCUGGUGUGCGAGUGGCAAGACAAGUGG